CUUUUUAAUCCCCAUCCAAACUUGAGGCUGCGGCUAAAGUUAGAUUGGCCGGUGGACGGGUAUAUAAACCCCCGGGGAUAUACGUAUAACGCGGCUUCACACUGUCUUGUCUUUCUUGAUCAACCAAAGCUCCACUCAUACCGUCUCAAGAUGGCACCAAAGAAGGCCAAGAGGAGGCAGGCAGCAUCAGACAGCGGCUCCUCCAACGUGUUCUCCAUGUUUGAGCAGAGCCAGAUUCAGGAGUACAAGGAGGCCUUCACAAUCAUUGACCAGAACAGAGACGGUAUCAUCAGCAAAGAUGACCUGAGGGACGUGCUGGCCUCAAUGGGCCAGUUGAACGUGAAGAAUGAGGAGCUGGAGGCCAUGAUCAAAGAGGCCAGCGGCCCCAUCAACUUCACCGUCUUCCUCACCAUGUUCGGAGAGAAGCUGAAGGGUGCUGACCCCGAGGACGUUAUUCUUAGCUCCUUCAAAGUCCUGGACCCCGCCGGCACUGGAACCAUCAAGAAGGAAUUCCUCGAGGAGCUCCUGACCACCCAGUGCGACAGGUUCACCAAGGAGGAGAUUAAGAACAUGUGGGCCGCCUUCCCCCCAGAUGUUGCCGGCAACGUAGACUACAAGAACAUCUGCUACGUCAUCACACACGGAGAGGAGAAGGAGGAGUAAACAGAAAGCUCGAAGACAAGAAAGACGGCAAUCCCUUUGCUAUUCUGCCUUCCCCGUCCUUUCCUCUCCUCCUCCUCCUCCUCCCUGUUCACCUUCUAUGCAUGAACCCAUGUGCUCAGCUACUUAUGGUCAAACCAAAGACUUGUCACACACACAUAAGAGAGCAGAUGCCCAUGGGAUGUCUAUGUUUGCCUAUGGGGAAUAGGGAUGAUUUUCAAUAAAAUUAUCCUGUAACAUCAUUUCCAUGCACAGGCUUUUCUCAAACAACCUUUCUUUCUUGGAAACAACUUCUGUCUUCUCACCUCCGCGCGUCUGUCCUUCCAACAGUCUCAAACAGGGAGACAGUGUAGCACGAGGACAUCAUUCCCCAUUGAAGAUGUCCUCCCAGGUAGAGGGGGUCAGAAGAGAGAAUUUGCAGGCGGCAGGAACAAGUUGCCUCCUUAAAGCGACGACAACGUUGUUCCUCGAAAAGAUUUUUACAAAAUGACCGAAGGAGACGAGAGAAAGGGCCGAAAGAAAACAUUCAGGUCUUCGAUUUCUUUCUCUCCGCUCCUUCCUGCAUUUAACGCAUCACCUUGUUUCCAUAAGCCUCCAUUUCCUAUGUAAUGAAUAAAAGGGACAAACUGUGAAUAAAACCUCUAUUUUGUACAA